AUGCAUCCACAACUUGAUGUGAUAAAAAUGUCCCUCCAAAGACUCAUUUUCACACCCCUUUUGGUUGUAUUCAUGAGUAUCCAUUCUCAUGCUCUUGUGGAGCCUUCUACUUGGAAACAUGCACCAAACAAAGCAAGUGUUAGGGCUGCGUAUUGGCCUGCAGGUGAUGAUCUUUCACCCUCCUCCAUUGACACAAAAUACUUCACUCACAUCUACUAUGCCUUCAUCCAACAACACCCUCAACUCUUCCACCUUCGUGUCACUGAAUUUGAGAAAAAAUGGAUUCCUCAAUUCAUCAACGGGCUCCGCGACCGUUACCCGCCUGUGAAAACUCUCCUGUCAAUUGGAGGAGGUGGCAGCAACUCAACCGCCUUCUCCCUCAUGGCCACCAACAAACACACCCGACAAGUGUUCAUCAACUCCACCAUCCACGUGGCGCGCCAAUACGGAUUCCACGGUCUCGAUUUGGAUUGGGAAUUCCCAGAAAACGAGGUCGAUAUGUCUAACCUAGGUAUCUUGUUCCAAGAGUGGCGUCAAGCUAUAACGGUGGAAGCACAGUCCAGUAAAAAACCACCACUGCUUUUGACAGCUGCAGUUUACUAUGCUUCCACCAUUAAGCUUAUCGGAAAUGGGCCGAGAACAUAUCCAAUCCAAGCCAUUCGUGAUUACUUGGAUUGGGCCAGCCCAAUGUGCUUUGACUACCACGGCGCUUGGGCUAACUUCACAGGCUUUAAUGCUGCAUUGUAUGAUCCAAAGUCCAAUGUAAGUACCCGAUAUGGAAUCAGGUCUUGGAUCGAAUCCGGUAUGUCAGCCCAGAAGUUGGUUAUGGGUUUACCAUUAUACGGGCGGGCGUGGACGCUCCGAGACCCGAAUGUUCAUGGGGUUGGAGCAGAAGCUGUUGGGGAAGCCAUUGAUACGGAUGGUACUUUGGAUUAUGAUGAAAUUUUGGUGUUCAACAAAGAAAAUGGUGCAACUAUUGUGUAUGAUGAUGUGGCUGUGUCUUUCUAUUCUUAUGCGGGUAAAACUUGGAUCGGGUAUGAUGAUGGACCAUCCAUAACAAAGAAGGUUCGGUUUGCUAGGUCUUCGGGUUUGAAGGGCUAUUUCUUUUGGGCCCUUGGAAAGGAUAAGGAUUGGACCAUCUCAAGACAAGCUUCAAAUGUUUGGGGACAUUGA